AUGUCAGAUAUUAAAGACACAAAAUAUGAUUUAGGAUUAGAUAUGACAGUAGAUGAUCAAAAAAAAAUUGGUAAAUUUACUAACUUACAUUAUAAACAAUCCGUUUAUGAACAAAAGAUAAAAUUAAUGAAAGAAAAUUUAACAAAUCUUGAUUCAUCUAUAGACGAAGUAUCACUUUUAUUUGACUCAAAAGAUGUUAUGCUAAAUAUAGGGGAUUGUUUUUUUAGAUUUGACACAGAUUAUGUAGAAGAAAGUUUAACAGAAUUUAAAAAUGAAGAAAAAGAGAAUUUAAGUAAAUUAGAAGCUGACUAUAAAACUACAUUAAAUGAAAAACAACAAUUAAAAACAGAUUUAUAUGCUAAAUUUGGUAAUAGGAUUGAUCUUAACUAA